GCAGGCCAGGAUUCAAGCAGACACAGGUCAUCUCCAGAGUCCAUGCUUUCCACCCCGAGGCCCCCUCCGGAGCCUGGGGGGACACAGCACAGGCCUCCCCACCCAACUCUGUUAACAGGCAGAUUUGGGACAGCUGUCAGGGUCUAAACGCCGUGGGGCCGGAUGGAAACUUUCAGGACCCGGGGCCUGGCCCCUCUCUGGGAGGAACCUUAGGUGGGUGAUGCUUCUUUCUGUCCCCAGGGUGAAUUCUUUGGCCGAAACAAGCACUCCCCAGCCCCCUUCGAUGCCCCUGCCAUCAGGCUGCCGGAGAAGCAUGACCACAUGGUCUACUUUGCUGUCUCUGAAUAUGUCUUCAACACAGCCAGCCGGGUUUACCACCAGGCUGGGCGCAUGAACUUCACCAUCCAAAACCAGCACAUUCCCCUGGACUCCCCGAUCCACCUGCACACCAACUCAUUCCGGGUCAUCAUUCCCCAGCUGGCUAGGUUGUACCCCAAUACAGAGCUGGAGCUGGAGACGUCUCCUGAAUCAGCUCCGUUCCUGAUGUUCACCCCUGGAAAUGUGACCCUCAGUCCCGUGAUAGACCUCCAGGCCUUCGCUCUCCUGCCCGUCUCCUCUGAGCGGAAGCCACUCUUCCAACUCAGGGUGACAACCGACAUCUCCGCCACCAUCAGUGUGAGGUCCGGCAGGAUCGCUGGUUCCGUGGCCACAGGCAGUAAGCUGAAAUUGGAACUGAAACACUCCAACAUCCGUUACUUCAACGUGGAGCUGAUGGAAGCCAUCCUCAAUUACUACGCGCUGCACACACUCUACCCCUCUCUCAACGCAAAGCUCAAGGAGGGCUUCCCUCUGCCGCUGCCAAGGGACACCUACCUCAACAGUUUGGAGCUCCACAUCCACAAGAACUUCUUGCUCUUGGGGGCAAACCUCGAUGAGGCCCAACGCUGAAGAGAAGCAGCAGAGAUGGCCAGCGGAGGGGCCGCCCCUGCCCCUGCAGGGGUCCGGAGGCUGCGGCCGCUGUGCCUUUACUCCAGUGAGGGCCCCCUCCACAAGGACACUAGUCACCGGGGAGCCUGUGGCACCUGAGACACGCCUGAACAUGUGAUACCCCGCCCCCACCCCACCCCCAUCUCCUCCUCCUCCUUCCCGUCCCCCUUCGUGGUUUCUUCACAGCUGUCCCUAGCCUUACUCCGGGCACCUCGCCCCUGGCUACCUAACCUGCCGGCCCCUGGAAUAAAGUUCAGUGAAGGGGGGAAGCAUGAGCAGCAUCUGGUCACCACACAGCUCACAGCAUCCUGCUCACCAUGAAACACCACCUUAGGCCCAUGUGUCCUUUGGUGUCGGGGUUACAGGAGCAAGAGUCAGAUGGAGCGGGCUCAAUGCCUUGUGUUGCCACCUCCUUGGUGUGUUAUAUUUAUUGAAAUGGGAGCAGAGAUCACCCAGCUACUAUAUGGGUUGCACAUUUAUUCAGCAGACCCCCGUGUCAAUUUGCUAAGGAUUUUCCCGCACUGGCUUCUGCCUCUGGGCUUGGUGGCAUGGGAGGAAGGAUCAAAGAGAGAAAAACACACGGCCUCUGUCUUCAUGAAGCUUAGAGCUGAAAACGGGCUGGCAGACUUUUCCUGGAAAGAGCCAGAGAGUAAAUCUUUUAGGCUUUACUGCAUAUACAGUCUCUGACACAACUACUCAUCACUGCCAUACUAGUAGCAGAGAACAGCCAGGCAGCAAAUGAGUAAGGGUGGCUGUUUCAAUAAAACUUUUAUUUAAAAAACGGGCAGCAGGCUAGAUAUGAGCAGUGGGCCCCAGCUUGCCCACCUGAGCUCUAAAAGAACAAUCCACCAAACGGGGCGCCUGGGUGGCUCAGUCGGUUAAGCAUCUGACAACUUGAUUUCAGCUCAGGUCAU